AUGAGCUCACAACAAUUAUCAUUCAAAGAUCAAGUGGUGGUAGUCACGGGGGCCGGUGGUGGCCUCGGUAAAGUGUACGCCCUUGAAUAUGCAAAGAGGGGCGCCAAAGUGGUCGUCAAUGAUCUAGGAGGAACCUUAGGUGGUUCAGGUCAAAAUUCUAAAGCUGCAGACGUCGUUGUCGAUGAAAUUAAAUCCAAAUACAACGGUACUGCUGUAGCUAACUAUGAUUCAGUUAAUGAAAAUGGUGCAAAUAUCAUCAAGACAGCCAUCGAUAAUUUCGGUAAGAUCGAUAUCUUGAUUAAUAAUGCAGGGAUCCUUAGAGACGUGUCCUUUAACAAGAUGUCAGAAAAGGAGUUCCAAGCUGUCAUCGAUGUCCAUUUGAAUGGGGCAUUCCAAUUAACUCAUGCUGCUUGGCCCUAUAUGAAGGCCCAGAAAUUUGGUAGGAUCAUCAAUACCGCUUCACCAGCAGGUUUAUUUGGUAAUUUCGGUCAAGCUAAUUAUUCUGCUGCUAAAUUAGGACUUGUAGGGCUGGCUGAAACAUUGGCAAAGGAAGGUUUUAAAUAUAAUAUUUUGGUCAACUCCAUUGCACCCUUGGCAAGAUCAAGAAUGACAGAGAAUGUAUUGCCUCCACAUAUUUUGAAACAAUUGGGUCCAGAAAAAAUCGCUCCCUUGGUAUUAUUUUUGACUCAUCAUUCAACAAAGGUAACAAAUUCCAUCUUUGAACUGGCUGCUGGGUUUUAUGGUCAAAUUAGAUGGGAAAGAUCAUCGGGACAAAUCUUUAACCCUAACGUGAACUCUUUCACUCCAGAGGCAAUCUUAAAUAAGUGGGACGCCAUCACAGAUUUUAACGAUAAACCAUUUAAUAAGACUCAACAUCCAAAUCAAUUGUCCGAUUACAAUGAUUUGAUUACAAAGGCAAAGAAAUUACCAGAGAAAAACGAACAAGGUUCUGUUAAAGUUGAAUCCAUUAAGGGGAAAGUGGUCAUUAUUACAGGUGCUAAUGGUGGGUUGGGUAAAUCACAUGCAAUGUGGUUUGCCAAAUAUGGUGCUAAAGUUAUCAUUAACGAUAUUACUAAUCCUGAAACAACCGUAAAUGAAAUUAAUUCCAAGUUCGGUGCAGAUACUGCAUUCCCAGAUUCACAUAAUAUUAUCACAGAAUCUGAAUUGGUCGUUAAGACUGCCAUAGAUCAUUUCGGACAUGUCGAUAUUCUAGUUAAUAACGCUGGUAUCUUACGUGAUAAAUCAUUCUUGAAGAUGACUGAAAAGGAAUGGUACCCCGUUCUACAAGUUCAUUUACAAGCUACUUUUGCCAUGUGUAAAGCUGUAUGGCCACAUUUCAGUAAACAAAACUCAGGGUUUAUCAUUAAUACUACUUCUACAUCAGGGAUUUAUGGUAAUUUUGGUCAAGCUAAUUAUGCUGCUGCUAAGGCUGCUAUCCUUGGGUUUUCAAGAACAAUUGCCAUUGAAGGUGCUAAGAAGGGAAUCAUUGUUAACAUAAUUGCUCCACAUGCUGAAACUGCAAUGACAAAGACUAUCUUUGGUGAAAAGGAACUGGCUAAUCAUUUUGAUGUCAAUCAAGUAUCUCCAUUCGUUGUCUUGUUAGCCACGAAGGAAUUACAAGAUAAAAAGUCAACUCGUGGUCAAUUAUUCGAAGUUGGUGGUGGUUGGUGUGGUCAGACAAGAUGGCAAAGAAGUCCUGGGUUUACAACUGUUUCAAACAAUAUAACUCCUGAAUUAAUUAAAGAGAAUUGGUCUAAAGUUGUUGACUUCAAAGGUAAGACAAUUAAUCCAAAAUCCACUCAAGAUUCUUCAAUGGCUAUCUUACAAACUGUCCAAAUGGCACAUAUGAGACAACAAGCCUCACCAACAGCCGAUACUGCUGCUGCUACUGAAGGUAACGAAUCCAAAGGGGGCACUAUCUUCAAAUACACUGAUAGGGAUUCCAUUCUUUACAAUCUGGGUGUUGGAUGUACAAGCAAAGAAUUGAAAUAUACAUAUGAGAAUGAUUCCAAAUUCCAAGUAUUGCCUUCAUUUGCCGUUAUCCCAUGUAUGAAUUCAGCUGCAAGUCUCGAUAUGAGUGAAUUGGUGGAAGAUUUCAAUUAUUCCAUGCUAUUACAUGGUGAACAAUAUUUUAACUUGACUAAUGGUGAACAAUUACCCACUUCUGCUACAGUUAGAACUGAAGCUGCUCCUUUGCAAGUUAUUGAUAAGAAUGGUAAAGCUGCCAUCAUUGUGGGUGGAUUCAAGACUUUUGAUGCCAAGACUAAUAAAUUGCUCGCAUAUAAUGAGGGAACGUAUUUCAUUAGAGGUGCACGUGUAGCACCUAAUAAACAAAUAAUCGAUCCAAAGAGAAGAUCCAAAUUUGCCAUUCAGAGUUUCAAAGCUCCAACCAACAGAGAACCUGAUUUUGAAGUUGAGGUUUCUACUAGCGAGGAUCAAGCUGCUCUAUACAGGUUAUCUGGUGAUUAUAACCCAUUACAUAUUGAUCCAAAGUUAGCUCAAGCUGUUAAGUUCCCCAAACCAAUAUUGCACGGGUUAUGUACUUUGGGUAUUAGUGCAAAGGCUUUAUUUGAUAAGUUUGGUCCCUAUAGUGAAUUGAAAGUUAGAUUUAGUGACGUUGUUUUCCCCGGUGACAAAUUAAAAGUUAAGGCUUGGAGACAACCAAAUGGAUUAGUCAUUUUCCAAACCACCGAUGUGAAUAGAAAUAAAAUUGUCUUAGAAAAUGCUGCUAUAAAACUAACCACACCAACUUCGAAGUUAUGA